UUCUUUCUUCGAUGACUGUAUCAAAAGAACACGUCGACUUUUGCUUUCAGGUGCUAGUGGCUUACCUUAAGAAAGAACCAAAGCCAGAACCUACUUUCACUAAUGAUGGAUAUCCCUUAUUUGUUACUUGGCACAAAAAAACAAGAAAUGGGUCAACACUCCGAGGCUGCAUUGGUAACUUUCAGCCCAUGUCUUUACACGAGGGACUUGCAAGAUACGCUUUGAUAAGUGCUUUGCAGGAUCACCGUUUCCCGCCAAUCACAUUAUCCGAAGUACCUCAUUUAGAAUGUGCUGUCUCUCUCUUGGUGAAUUUUGAAGUAGCCAAAGACUAUCUUGAUUGGGAAAUAGGUGUUCAUGGUAUUUGGAUCGAAUUUUAUCAAGACGGAAGAAAAGAGACAGCUACUUACUUGCCUGAAGUCAUGGGAGAACAAGGCUGGACAAAAGAAGAGGCCAUUGAAUCUCUUUUAAGAAAAGGAGGCUAUCGUGGCCAAGUCACAAAAAAGUAUUGUCUUGAGAACAUUAUGCUUACCAGAUAUCGAUCAGACAAAAUACAUGGCACAUAUAAACCAUAAACUUCUAUUUAUUUAUAAUAAAACUUGGUCCUUACCAGACAACAUCGUGUAAGCCAAAAGAAACAAUCGACUCACUUUUAAAAGACGCCUACAUUCAAGUAUCUAACCUUCACAAAAUGAUUCACGAGCAGAAUUGCCGUAAUGUUCGUUUUUGUUUGACCUUGGUAAGAUGGUUUGCGGGUGAGAUCGCCGUAAUUCUUGUCUUAAAAAGGUACUUGCGUGCAAGUAUUUGAUGUUGACAAAAUGUUUCACGGACAAGAUUGCCGUAAUGCUGUUCUUUGCUUCG